GCGGCGGAGGCGGCGGAGGGAGGCGGACGAGACCGAGACUGGGCGGCCGCCAUUGCCCUUGCACGGAGCGCAGCGCCCGGGACCGACGCCGCUGCCGCCGCCAUGGGCCAGUGCGGCAUCACCUCCUCCAAGACCGUGCUGGUCUUUCUCAACCUCAUCUUCUGGGCAGCAGCAGGCAUCCUGUGCUAUGUGGGAGCCUACGUCUUCAUCACUUAUGAUGACUAUGAUCAUUUCUUUGAAGACGUGUACACGCUCAUCCCUGCUGUCGUGAUUAUAGCCGUAGGAACCCUUCUUUUCAUUAUUGGACUAAUUGGAUGCUGUGCCACCAUCCGAGAAAGCCGCUGCGGACUUGCCACAUUUGUGAUCAUUCUGCUGUUGGUUUUUAUCACAGAGGUGGUUGUCGUGGUUUUGGGAUAUGUUUACAGAGCAAAGGUGGAAAGUGAGGUGGAUCGCCGCAUCCAGAAAGUGUACAAGACCUAUAAUGGAACCUCUCCAGAUGCCGCCAGUCGGGCUAUUGAUUAUGUACAGAGACAGCUGCACUGUUGUGGAAUUCGCAAUUACUCAGACUGGGAGAAUACAGACUGGUUCAAAGAAACAAAAAAUCAGAGCGUGCCCCUCAGCUGCUGCAGAGCAUCUGCCAGCAGCUGCAAUGGGAGCCUGGCCCACCCUGCAGACCUCUACUCCGAGGGUUGUGAGGCCUUGGUUGUGAAGAAGCUCCAGGACAUCAUGAUGUACGUCAUUUGGGCAGCAUUGACAUUUGCUGCUAUUCAGCUUCUGGGUAUGCUCUGUGCUUGCAUCGUGUUGUGCCGGAGGAGUAGAGAUCCCGCCUAUGAGCUGCUCAUCACCGGAGGAACCUACGCCUAGAAGAAAAUGGCUCCUGAGGUCCUCAGUCUUGUUUCCCUUCCCUGGAUGGUGGAUCGGGCGAGUCUCCUGCAGUCACUCUCCUGUCUCUGUAGACUUAGCUGAAGCACACCUGGCACAAAAGAGAAACAACUCUCCUGGACACCGGUGAUGGGCACAUGAGCCCACCUGCCCCCAAUGACCUUUCCCCCCACGCAGCCCCAUGUCUUUUGCAAAAAACAUGCUAGGAAGCAUGCUGGUUUCUGAAUCAUUUGCCAGUUUGAAGCAGUAGACUGGCCUUUCGAGGGUGGUCCCCUCUGACCAGGAGCACGCUGCUUCUGAAGAACGGUACAGUCUUUGAAAGCUUCGAUUGGUGGGACUCCCAGCCCAAGUUCUCUUGGAGGCUGAGGGGGACGAGCUGGCCAGCUGCAUGAUGGGACCCAAGUGCUGCCCUUCCCCAGUGUCCACUUUUAAAACAUGUACAUUGUAGUCCGGUAGGGUGGAAAUUGUACAGAAUAACUUAACCUGUAGACUCCUACGGCGUCCUCGUAGGCCCCCUCUCCAUUUGAGGGCGUCUCCCCAACUUGAGUGUUUUUUAAAUAAAAGCUGGCUUUUCAGGAGUAAAAGUAUGCACUGCUGUUCUGUAAUGAUAUGUAUGUGUGGUUUUUUAUGAGUGUAGGUCUUCAAGUUGGAAAUAAUGUACCCGUGUAGACUAGCGAGAUGGUGUCACAGUGAUCUCCGUUGUACAUAGUGAAUCUGACUAAAUAAAGGCUAUAUACCCUCCCUCCAA